AUGUCGACGAAUUCCAGCGAACGAACUGUCACCGCCGCCACCCUUUCCACUCCGGCCACCCCGAACACCCUAUCCACGGCACAUCACUUUGUGUCGAUGAAACUCACCACGAAAAACUACCUCUUCUGGCGCACUCAAUUGGUGCCUUUCUUGCGUGGACAAGGGCUGCUCGGAUUUGUCACCGGUGACACGCCGUGUCCUCCGGCGACAGUGAUUCCUCCGGCGACCAGUGACGCCGGCUCUGGUGGCACGACAUCCACGACCGUCGCCAAUCCAGCGCACGCCUUGUGGGAGCAGCAAGACCAAUCCAUCCUUUCGUUAUUAAUAUCCUCCAUGUCCGAUGAGGUGCUCUACCUUGCCGUCGGACGUGGAACAUCGCAUGAAGUCUGGACGUCCAUCACCGCGGCAUUAGGCUCGUCUACACGGGCAAGGUGCCUGAAUCUUUUGGCGCAGUUCCAAUCCUUGCGUCAAGGCAAUAGCACACCUGGUGAGUACCUCGGCAGAGCCCAAUUGCUCGUAGAGGACCUGGCUCUCGCUGGCAGACCUGUAUCCUUGGAUGAACAAAAUCUUUAUGUUUUCCGAGGGCUCAGGCCGGAGUUCAGGUCCAUGGCGUCGUCGCUUGCUGCAUCGGGCGCUCCAAUCUCCAUCCCGCAGUUGUCGGACUUCCUUCAAGCCCAAGAAUUCAUCUGGGCGGAUGACUUCUCGAUGCCAUCCGGCGUUCCGGCAGGCGGAUCGCACACUGCCAUGGUCGCCGGCCGUAGUUCCAAUCACCACAGUGGUGGUCCUCGACGUGGCGGUUCCGGUCGAGGUCGCGACGGGAAUGGCAGAGGACGCGGUGGCAAUGGCAGAGGACGCGGUGGUGUUUCCCGCUGUCAGAUAUGUCGAUCCCAAGGGCAUACAGCCGUUUAUUGCUACCAGCGAUACACUGGGUAG